GCGGAAGUGAACUGAAGAUAGGAAGCCACUUUCAACCAGGUAGCGAUAACAGCUAUGCAGGUAUAGCAGUAUAACAUACAUCAUGAUGGAGGUGAACCUGCUCUUGAUUAGUUUUUUGUUGCUGAUAGGCUCCUCUGUGCAGCAAAUUUGGAAUUGCCCGACCGAUCGAGGCUGGGAGAAGUAUGGCGAAAAAUGUUACAAAUUUUAUGCUUUUCCACGCCUCACUAGGGGAUCUGCCUCUCCUGUUUGCCAGAAUGAUGGAGCCACUCUACUCAGUAUCAACACGGUGAAGGAGCAUCAGUUUAUUGACCGAUGGCUUCGGGCGAAUGACCAGCAGAGAACGGACUGGUGGACCAGCGGUACAAUAACCUCCACGGGAGUACGAUGGGACGGUGACGGCACCCUGGUCACCGAGUUUAACCAGUUCAUCCUCCCUGAAGAGUAUCGCCUGGAGAGAUCUCCUGUCAUCUACUCCUACACAGGAACUGAAUAUGGCUGGAGUGUUGGAGCUUCUGAUGCGAAGUAUGCUUACAUUUGUGAGAUCAGCGUCAAUGAAGUUUAUCGCAUCGUUCAGCAGUACAGAGAUUUUGACUGACGAUCACGACGGGACGACUCACCAUCAGCAACCCGGUGGAGUCGGACACCGGAGUGUACCAGUGUGUGGCGGUCAACGAGUACGGGACAGUGCUCAGCUCUACUUCAAAGCUGACGUUUGGGGAUUUGGGCGAGUUCUCUAACGUGGAGGAGGCACCAGUCUACGGAACGGAGUACAGAGGUGCCCAGAUUCAGUGUCCACGUAUCACAGGAACCCCAGAGAUCAGCUACACCUGGUACAAGGGAGACUCCUACAGCUUCAUCCGGCCCAACUUCCAGAAGCACACCUUCAUCUCCUCCAACAGUAAGCUGUAUUUCUCCGAACUGACGCCCUCUGACCAGGCGACAUACUACUGCGUGGCGACCUUGACAAGUGUCGGCGCCCCGGGGAAUUAUCUCGGGGCCUACCAGACCGCUAGUAGGACGAGUGUGGGAUUUAAUCUGAUUGUGGGAUCUGGGACGGGCAGCAACUACGAGCCAGACAUCCAGGACGACUUCAUCAACAUCUACCCUGGCACGCCUAUGAGAGGAGGGACCGUACGCCUCGAGUGUUUUGCCUAUGGAACACUCCCGCUCAUCUACUCGUGGAGUCGUAAGGGCAAGCCGCUUCCUGCAGGCCACACGUUCGACAGCAACAACCGCAUCCUGUACCUGUACGACGUGGGGGCGGAGGAUGACGGGAUCUACACCUGCAGCGUGUUCAGCCAGCCAACCAGCAUCAAGAAGGAGACGUCCACACCCCUCACCAUUCAGUCCAAACCAUACUUCACGUACCCGCUGCAUCAUCAACACGUGGACGUUCGCAGCGCACUGACCUGGCAUUGUGAGGCUGGGGGGCGACCCACACCCAUGUAUAAGUGGUACAAGGAUGGGGAGGAACUGUCCAGCUCCCCGGGCGUCCAGGUCCAGGCCAACACGCUGACCAUUGACUCGCUGCAGGUCGACCGGGACAGCGCCAUGUAUCAGUGCGCCGCCACCAACGAGUACGGAACCACGUUUAGCACCGCCCAGCUACGAGUCCUCGAAAUUACCCCCAGCUUUUUGAAGUCGCCGAUGGUCGAAAGCGUCUCUUCAGCUAUCGGAGGCAUGGCCACCAUCGUGUGCGACCCGACGGCCGCCCCGCUGCCGACCUACACCUGGUUCCGAGACAACGUGGACCUGGGCUUAGUGGCCGGUCAGUUUGCGGAGGAUGACCACUACAAGCUGCUGCUCAACGGAAACCUGAUGAUCCAGGACAUAACGCAGAGUGACCAAGGAAAGUACAAGUGCCGGGUGACCAACGAGCUGGGGGAGGCUGAGGACAGCUCGGACUUGCUCGUCAUGAAGCGGACAACGAUCACUACAGGCCCGUCGGAUGCCGAUGUAGAGGUGAACUUCACGGCUACCCUUCUGUGUGAGGCGUCCCACCGAUCCGACAUCGACAUGAUCUAUAUUUGGAAGUUCAACGACCACAUUAUUGACUAUGUCAGGGAGCCGGAGUAUCGGCAGGGCGUUGGCUCCCAGGCAGGCUCUCUAUACAUCAUUGCCUCCAAGUUUGAGAACCAGGGAGUGUAUACGUGUACCGCAAGUACAGGCAUGGAUGAGGAUUCGCGGUCUGCCUACAUCACUGUCUUAGGUCCUCCGGCCGAGGCCGCAGGCGUCCACGUGAGGGACCAGCCCGUGGUGACCAAUGCAGAUGUAGCUGACCCAGAGAGCACGCCGGACCUGGCCACCACGCGCUGGGUGGUGUGGACGGACGGGGACGAUCACGGGGGAACCAUCACGCACUACUUCGUCGAGUUCCGCACUAACUUUGACCUGGCCUGGAGGACCCACCCCGACGGAUUCAAUAUCCCAUCAUACCUGACGGUCCACGAGUCGUACAAAGACAAACAUUUCGCUCGUCUCACCAAGCUGAAGGCCGGGGCUGGAGUGCAGUUCCGAAUUCGUGCCCGCAACGUGUACGGAAUAGGAAGUCCGAGUCUGCCCACACCCAUGGCUCAAAUUAAGGGAGCCAAGCCCAGCCAGACGGUGAAAAAUGUCCGCGGUGGAGGCGGGAGUGUGGGGGACCUGUCCAUUGUGUGGGACCCGCUGCCCCUGGAGGAUCACAACGGGCCCAACCUCAAGUACAAGGUGUCCUGGCGGACGUACGAGGCUGGCAGUCAGUCCGACUCGUCCCAGUGGAGAGAUGUGACCGUCUCCCACGACAAAGCCUGCCUGUUUGUGCCCGACUUCCUCACGGGCCUCAUCUUCAUCUGCAAGCAUGUGGAGCUGGUAGGGGCAGACAACUACUUCAAGCCGUACCAGGCCAUCGUACAGGCCAUUAAUGAUGACGGGGACGGGCCAGAGACUGUCGUGGUCACCGUUAUGUCGGCUGAGGAGCUUCCUCUCCAAGCCCCCGAAGAGGUCAAGGCCGACCCGUACAACGCCACGGCUCUGAUGGUUCGCUGGAAGCCCAUCCCCAACAACCGAGUUAGUGCCCGCGGAAACCUCAAAGGCUACAAGAUCAACUACUGGCGCAUGAACAUUGACCUUGAGACGGAUGCCCUUCAGAACAUCAUCGAGGUUCCCAACGGGUCGACCAACCUGAACCACGGGCUCAUCAUCGGCCUUGAGGCGGUCGAGUGGUACCAGUUUAACGUACAGGCCUACAACUCGGCGGGCAACGGGCCCAAGAGCUCUGACUACGAGCAGCAGACGCUGAAUAGAAAGGGUCAGAUUCUCAUCAACCCGGAGACCAUGGAGAUCCUGGGGGGUGUCUCCGGCCUGGCCCCGUCUCUCCUGCUGGUUGUCAUGGUAACCGCAGUGGUCAGCUGGUGGACUGGGUGCCAGAGCUGAUAACUUCCACCCUGUGUUGAAUUUUGUGUGUGUGUGUGUAUGUGUGUGUCCGGUCUGCUGCUAGCUGAUGAAAGUGAAUCUGUCUAGAACAACAUCUCCUUUAUUUUACGAGGGACUUAAUUUAGUUUUGUCAACAGACGAUGAAAUAUGAAUAAUUGGGACAUACCGGUACCGUAAACUCGGGUGACUGUGGCAGGUAACUUGGAAAAAUGUUCAAAUAUUUAGAUGAUUCUUUGUUUUGGGAAAAAUGUUCAAAUACUUAGAUGAUUCUUUGUUUUGGGAAAAAUGUUCAAAUAUUUAGAUGAUUUUUUGUUUUUGGAAAAAUGUUCUAAUAUUUAGAUGAUUCUUUGUUUUGGGAAAAAUUUUCUAAUAUUUAGAUGAUUCUUUGUUUUGGGAAAAAUGUUCUAAUAUUUAGAUGAAUCUUUGUUUCCCAGAAGUAUUAGGGUAUUGGAUCUUGUGUCUGUGUACAGUAAAAUGCAGCGUAUCCAAUAAUGAACAUUGCCUGAAUGAAACAAGCCCGAGAUAUUUUUAACUUUUUCAGUUUUUGCCAGCAGCUGUUGGUUGUGAAUGUUGUGUAUUGUGUAAAACUUGUGUGCCUUAUCUUCUCACAUUUGAUUCGAAGAGAAAGAGAAAGAGAUGGUGAGAGAGACAGAGAGGGAAAGAAUUUUGGUUCCCUUUUUAAGUGAUUUGUAUGGAAGUGUUUCAGACUUUUGUAACUGUUAUAUGGCACUUCUUUUUUUUUUUUUUCCGCAAACUGUUAGGUAGAAAUUACAGAAUGUUCUGCUUUAGUGUCAAAAGAGGACUCAUUUAUCAUAAAAUCUGAAAUAUUUCAGUAGUUGCUAAAUAAAUGUCUGAAACAUAUAUUAUGUACAUACAUUAUAUUAAUAAUUAUUAUCCGUUCCUGAAGAAAAUGUUUUUUAUUCUUUUGGGCCUGGAGUACAAAACAAAAGUUUGGACACGACUUAUUUUUACUCGUGAUUAUUCAUGAGACAGAGCUGAUAGAUAGGACCCCCCCCCCUCCCCCUCCCUCCUUGUAUGUGGGUGUUUGUUUAUGUAUGCGUGUAAGAAGAUCUCACUUGAAUGAGGAAGCUCUUGUGAUGUCAUAUCAUCAUUCCUGUGGAAGGAAACCAUUCCGAUCGUUAACUAUAUUUAGAACUUUGAUUUUUAUUGUUUAUUUUAUUUGGGUUUGACGGCCACUGUGUUCGGUGUUGAAAUAGAGGAAGGGUCAAAACCUCAGUCAAUUUACUGCUGCUAGGGUCUUGAAAACUCUUUGGACUCAGUCAGUAUCAUGCUGGACUGUGGUUCGAAUCUACAAUGGGUGUGUUCUUAAACCAGGGUUGUUUGGAGCAUAUCUAUUCUUCUCCAUCCAACUAGCAUGGACUUUCUGAGAUGGGUGCUGUGUUGCAAGUGCCGUAAAACACUUACUAAAACUAAAACAGAGAUGGGCGUUAAUUAGAUUGUCCCACGUCAUUAAGAGCACAGAAAGUGUUAACAGUGGUGUGUUAACCCAUGCGAUGCCAUCAUACUGUUACACAUGGACUUGUCCAGAGUAGUAGUCUGUUAUUUUGGUCACAUGUGUUGUAAAUAAUUUCCUUUAUAAUUUUAUGCAUGUACAAACAUUUUUAAAGUGUCCAUAAUUUUCCAGCACUUAUCAUCUACAUUGUCCCUAUCAACUGCAUUCCUCAUCUUUUACUUUUACUUUUGUCAGUUUAAAGUUGGUUUGGGAAAACUUUCUGUUGGGAUGAAGUGUAUUGUGAGUUGUGAGUGAGUCACGUAGACUACGGUAGACUGAUGAAGUGUGUGUUGUGUGAGCGAGUCGCGGAGAGAGUGAAGCUGUUUGUUCUGAAAAUGAAACGUGAGCAGAGUGUGAUUGAAUGAGAGAAGGAGAACGUGGUGUCUUUCUGAACAUGUUUGUUUUAUGCUUCCAGCUGUCUCUCAGUCAUUCUUUACCACCUUUAUUUACCGACCUAUUUUUCCCUGUCCAGUCAUUCGAGUUGAACACUUUAGAGCCCUAAUGCCACCCUGCUUCUAGUCUCUCCUAGUUUGUGUUUAUUUCUCUUUAUUUCUGAGCUUCUUUUUCAGCGAGUGAUACAGUUGUGUAUCUCACUGUUCUCUUGCAUGAAAUCUUGUCUUUCAUGAGCUUUGUUUAAACAUUUCUUGGUGUGCGUAUGUAAGGAAGAGAUGACAGGAGCUAGAAUGAAUGCUUUCUUGUAUCAGGAAGAACGUGUGACCGGUUUAUGAUUUAAAUGAUUGUAAAAGAAGACGAUUAUAUUAUAUCUAUAUUAGUGGAAGGGAAUGUUCUUCUGUUUUAUGUCACAACUCACAAUUUUAUUGUGUAUGUAUAUGUUGUCAUACCAACAAACAGCAAACAUUUCUGUUGUCUUUCGAACAUUUUCAUGUGAGUAGCACUUGUUUUGGCAUUGUAGAUUCCAUCAGUUUAUUUACAAGAAAUGUUCUGAUGAAUUCCACCGACUAUUUGAAAUUUUGAAUGCGCCUUAGCUUGAACCUGGUACUACUGCACUAUGCACAAAUGCUCGCCUACAAUGACUGGAAAAGAAAGCUUCUAAAGAAGAUAAUGAGUCACCUGUUUAAAAAGUGAAAUGAACUUUGGUUGGCCAUGAAAUAUUCCGAACAGUUUGCAAUGACAGAUUUAGUCCAAGCUGAUGGGGCAAGUGCUAACUACUCUGCCUUGUCUAAACGUCUUGCGCUGGCUGUAAUUUUUACGUUAACUGACCUUAAAAUAUAUAAAAUGGCCGCUCUCUCGUCAGAAUUUUGAGAAUUUUUUCUUUUCUCCUGUUCACAAUAUUCUGAAUUAUUUCAGUUAGUGCUCGUACAUCAAUUCUCUCCGAGAUCAUAUCUAUAGGAGUAAGUUCUCUUUUACUGCUUAAAUACAUUUGUUUUUUGCGAAUCUCUCUCCAACUAAUCUGACCAAUGAUACUCAAAGUAGUCGUAGAUCUGUCGAAUUUACUCCUUGUUUAAUACUCUGUUCUCAACAUUCAGGUAAUUUACUAGAGUCAUUUACUCAGGGCAUACGCCCCACCCUCUUCCUCCCCCUCCCCACUUUUUUCCACCGAUCUGUUUGCUCUUCUGUUCCUUUACUUUUUGAAAAAAUCCACUGUUGUUAUGUAAAUCCUUCCUUGUUUCAGGUCUGUUGCUUUUAUGGUUUAUAACCGAGCAAUGUUUUUAUUGCGUCCUUUUCCAGUAAUUUUUUAAAAUGAGCUUUUUCAUUCUUACCCGUAUUGAAAAUUCCAUGUUUGAAAUAACAACGUUGAGGAGAUUUUCAAGUGCCACAUACGUCUGUGUACAUUCCACAUGUCAUCUGUACAUUCCUUAAUAAAAACUUUUGUAUUUUAGCUGUGUACAUCUCA